AAUUAGGCUCUUUAUUCCUGACACCGUGACACGUUUUCGCAAUAUUCUUUCGGUUGCUAUCUGAAACGACCUUUGCCGCCAAACACUACCUUCACACCUUACGGCACGAGCUUCUUGGAGGUUUCUCUCUUCUCAUAAACACUUGACACUUAGAAGGUAUAUUUAUAAAUGAUAAAUCUGAUCUGGAUUAAUCACUGCAAUGCCAUCAACGGUGAUUUAAACCAUUAUGGAGACUAGGAAAAAAUUGUCGUUUCUGCUUCGAAGUUGUGUGGCACAUUCUGUUGCCUUGCAAUGCCAUGCCCAAAGUAUUGUCCAAGGUUUGCUUCCCAACACCACACUUGAAACUGACCUCUUGCUAGCGUACUCUAAAUUGGGCUUUCUUUGUGAUUCUCGCAAAAUGUUUGAUAAAAUGCUUGACAGAAAAAACAAGUAUUCAUGGAACAUCAUGAUUGCCUCCUAUGCCCAGAGAUGCGUGUAUUUUGAUGCCUUAACAAUUUUUCGAGAGUUCAAAUGCUACGGCCUCAGGCCAGAUCAUUAUACCUUGCCCCCAUUGUUCAAGGUUUCUAUAGGAGUAGACGAUGAUUGCAUUGGAAAUAUGUGUCAUGGUUUGGUGAUAAGGCUUGGGUAUGAAGGAUAUGUUGUUGUGGCAAAUUCUAUGCUUGAGUUUUAUGUUAAAUUUGGGGCAUUGCCUCAGGCGUGUUGUGUGUUUUCUAGCAUGUUAUGUAAGGAUUCUGUUUCAUGGAAUUUGAUGAUAUCGGGGUAUGGUAGGGCCAGCUUGUAUUCGGAUGCUAUGUGUUGUUUCAGGGAAAUGUCAAGUUUGAAUGGGAUGAUGCGGGUGGAUUUCAUGACUCUUCCUAGCAUUUUGAAUGCUUGUGGAAAUAAAGGAGACUUGUUGAAAGUGAGAGAAGUUCAUGGGUAUGUAGUGAGAAGUUUUGGUUUUGAUGCAGAUUCUGCUAUUGGGAAUGCAUUGAUCGAUAUGUAUGGCAAAUGUGGAUGCUUGAAUGAUUCAGAAAAGGUUUUCAGGACCAUGCACUACAUGAAUCUGGUCACAUGGACCACCAUGAUAUCUUGUUAUGGGGUACAUGGAAUGGGGGAGGAAUCUCUUUUGCUGUUUAAGAAGAUGGUAGAUAAAGGGCUUAAGCCGAGCCCGGUCACACUCACAGCAAUCUUGGCCAGUUGCAGCCACUCAGGUCUGAUAGAUCAAGGCAAGCACAUUUUCAGCUCAAUUCGUUCACACUACGGAUUUGAGCCUACUGUUGAGCAUUAUGCUUGUAUGGUGGACCUUUUGAGCCGCUGUGGGUAUCUUGCGGAAGCACUUCAAUUGUUGGAAAGCAUGAAAUCAUCAGCAACAGGAAGCAUGUGGGGUGCCCUUCUUGCUGGUUGUGUAACGCACAAGAAUGUUGAAGUUGGAGAAAUUGCAGCUCAUCGGCUAUUCCAAUUAGAACCAAAUAAUGCUAGCAACUAUAUAGCUUUGUGUGGUAUUUAUCAAUCUCAUGGCAUGCUCAAUGGUCUCUCAACUGUUAGAGCAAAAAUGAGAGAUUUGGGUUUGGUUAAAAGUGCCGGUUGUAGCUGGAUCAAUAUUGCUGGAAGAACUCAUAAGUUCUAUCAAGGGGACCUAUCUCAUCCACUAGCUCGGAUGAUUUGCAAAAUAAUAUAUCAAAUUAGCAAUACUCGAUUGUUGACUAAUGAUUUGAUAGUAUCAAAUAUGCUACAUGAUGAUCAUGCCUUCAUCGUGGGUUUGUAGAGCAUUAGAGGCAGUUCACCUGUUUAGGGCCAAGAAAGGCUCAGCAUAAGAGUCAUGUUCCAAAAAUUUAAGUCACCUCCUUUAAAGGAAAUGACCCACACAAGUAUAAGUUUUGGAUUAUAUGACCAGUAGUAGCACCGCAUCAACCUCAUUCACCUUCAAAUCUUACUAUUUGGUAAUAGCUUGAACACUCAAAUGGCCUACCAUCUGUUGCUUUGCUCUGAUACACCAAAUCAAGGCUACAACUUCAAAGUGGACCAAUUCCAUAAUAAAACAGCCUAAGAAAGCAAUCUCGGAGAACAAGUCUAACAUGAAUAGAAAAGUGAAAAAACAAUCAAGGGUAUUUGGAACUUCCUUUUGUUAUCGCUGCUGUUUUGCUGAGUUUCUGAAUGCAUGUGCUUAUAAAACAUUUGUUUUUGCCUUCUCUAGUCAUGGUAGGCCUGGACCCAGAAGGAACACGAUGCAUAGUUGUUCUGUUGUUGUACCUCGGACGAUGGCUGGUACUAUUUUGAGGUCGUACCUCACGGUGGUCGCUAGAUUGUUCUGAUGCGACAGAGGGUGUUCUUGCAUCAAGAAACACUCUAAGUGAGUAAUAAUUUUGACUAGGAUUUUGUACAAGUAGAAUUUCAUAUCCAAGAGGGUUUGUCCCCUGCUAUUUAUAGGAGUAAGUAUAUUUUGACUAGGGGGUAUUACCAUUUCAGUGACAUCAUGCUAUUAGGUGAUGUUAGGGAGCAUGGCAAGAGCCUACUAGAAUCAAACUGAAUUGGAAUGUGCCAUGCCUGAUCCACAGGGUUAGGUGUCCUUCCCUGGACCAAGUGACUACUAGUUAGUGAUCUGUGCCCACUAUAAAAUCUUAUACAAAGUCAAUACAUGAUGAACAUAGUAUAAAACGUCAAUGUAUCUAGAAAAAUAUGGUGUGAAUUUUGUAAAACAAAAAUAGGUACAUAUAGUUCAAUUAUUAUUUUUUUUAUCACUACUUUAUUUGAUGCAAAAGGCCUACAUAAGAAUAAACUUAGAACUAGAUUACAUUUUUGUAAAACAAUAAAUGUUUUAAAAAUAUUAGAGACUCCCUUAUUU